AUGUCUAUUCCCCAAACACCCACAUCUCAGCGGAUGCUGGCGACUGUCACGCCCGCGAGUCUCCGGAAGAGACUUGAUGUGAAUUCUAGCUACAUCGAGGCUGAAGACGCUACCUAUUCCAUAUCCGACUCCGAAGGUGAAUCCGAUGAUGAUGAUUCCACUUUUGAAGGCGAUGAGGUGCUCAAAGAUGAAGAUUUCGACUACCAGAUAGUUGCGGAUGGUGACAACUUUGUGGCCAUUACAGAUGAUGAGCCAGCUAAGAACGAAAGCUCGACGUUUGUUCUGUUUUUGGUCCGCAAUGAGAUUCCCCGGAAAGUGUUCCACUCCCUCCACGGAUUUGUGUCGCUUUGGUUUUAUUGCCACGGGUAUCAGCGGAGCCAGUUUGUGUGGGCAUUGUGGCUGCUUUUUGUCGCCGUGUUCGCUAACGACAUGCUCCGUCUAGCAUCUCCCAAAUACAACAAGUUCCUAGUCAAAUGGGUGGCAUUGUUCAUCCGUGAUAGUGAGGUGGAUGGCAUUAAUGGGAUUGUCUUCUACUUGGCAGGUUUGGCACUCGUGUUUACUUUUGGAACAAAAGACAUCGCCAUGAUGAGCGUGAUGCUCUUGAGUUGGGCCGACACUGCAGCCUCCACAUUUGGAAGACAAUUUGGCAAGUAUACACCUAAAGUGGCACUGGGAAAGUCAUUGGCUGGCUCGCUAGCCAGCGCAUUUUCGGGUCUUGUCGUUUGCUAUUUGUUCUACGGCUACUACGUGCCUGAGUAUAGUCAGUUUAACCUGCCUGAGGACAUCUACUGGACACCUGAGACCAGCAAGUUGUCUAUCCAUGCAUUUGCGCUCGUGUGUGCAUUUGCAGCCUCCGUUUCUGAGGCUAUAGACGUUGCAGGCAUCGACGAUAACUUCACCAUUCCAGUGUUGAGCUCGGUGUUGUUGUCUGGUGCUGUGUGGGCUUUCCACAAGUGA